UAUGGCUGCCUGUGUGCACGUGCGAGUCAAAAGUUUAGAGACACGUUGUCAUUCAAUAACACGACAAAGUGCGUCUAAACUUUGUGGUAUGUAACAUUCUCUGUUUGGUAUCGUUUAAGUUAAAUCAAUUUGACAUCUGGAUCAUUUAAGCGUCGGCUGCUUCUCGCCAAAACAUUCAUUUCAUCGUCGCUUGAGGGCACAAACAUAUCAGAUCCUGCAGCUGGAGGGCCCCGCCGCCGAUGAAGCAGAAAGCGGGACACACGGGAGCCGAGCAGUCCACGUGGCCCUCCCACAGCACGCGUAAGGAGUGGGCGUCGUAGAAGGCCACGCGGCCCUCCUCGCAGUCCAGACACACGCCCAGCCUGGGCGGCAGAGGCGCGGUGUACGGGUGCGCGGGCUUCGUGUGGGCGCCGCUGUUGGAACGGAGACUUCCCACGCUCUUGCUGUCCCCCAGGCUGUGCGGGUGUCCUCGGGGGAGGAGGAUCUUCCCCAUGCCGAUGGUAUGAGCCGGGCUCCACCGAGCACGCCCAGUAGUGUCUGCCCUGCGAGACGGCCAGGUCGGCCACCAGGAGGUCGGAGGUCAGGUGACAAGACGUGAGCGUGCGGUCGGCCACCUUCAGCAGGGAGAGCCCCGGCACGCUGCGGGCGUACGUUUGACCUUUGCCCAGCGCCAGCCUGUCGGAGUGCAAACCCCAGCGAGAGUCCAGCGAGAAGGACAAGACUGGCGGAGGAAGGAGGACACAAGGAGGCAAGAAGACCGGGGAGAGGGAAGGAGCGGAGGACGCAGGGUUAGAUUGUGACGCUGGGCCAAGGAGGAGGAAUGUGGAGAAAGUACACAACAGAUAUGUGGAAUCUCACCAGGAGCUGGAGGUGUGUGGAGAUAGACCUCCUCGCUGUAGUCCCCAAAUCCGGCCUUAUUGCAGCCCCUGACCCUCAGCACGUAAACGCUGUCUAUCUGCAGCUGGUCCACCACGGCGCUGGUCCCCCGCACUUCGUCCAGACGUCUCCACGCCGUGGAAGCAUCGGGGGAUCGAGCGCCGCCCCACGUGGCUCCGGCCGCUCCCGUGCGCCUUUGGAACUCCACGGAGAAGUGCCAAGCCGGCGCCGAGUCCUGAGGGAGUCGCCAGCACAGGAAGAGCUGGUCGUAGGCCAGCGUCUUCUGCGUGUCGAUGACCGGGGCCAGUGGAGCUACGAGACACAUGGACAUGAUGAUCGUCUCACCUGAUCAGGUGUCCGUCAAGUCACCUACCAGGGAUGAAUUCCAAGCCGCUAAUGAGCCUCGUCUCCUUCGUUGCGUCCAAGUGGAAGUGUCGGAAUGAAGGAUCGGCCGACAAGGAGAAACCCUGCAGGCUCGCCACGGCCUUCACCAACCUGCUCCGGGGGAAACGCCCAUUCAGAGACAACGCAAUUCCAGAAAACGACCCGUACGAGCAACCAAAGCCACCUGUUGUGCGUGACCCGAGCGGCCUGCACGAAACACGGCUGGUCGUUCUCCUUGAGGAGCUCGUGGGUGUAGGACAUCAGACCGGCCUGCUCCAGCAUGUCCCGCCUGGCCGACGCCUGAGCAGACAGGGCCUCCUCCCUCCUGUUGCGGGACGCCUCCAGGGCCACGGUCAGGGAGCCCUGACGCUCGGCAAUGGACGCGCCCAAUUCCUGCAUGCAGCGAGUCAGCUGGUGGAGAGCUACAGCGCCGUUAGCCUGCACGCACAACAAAACAAAGGUAUAAAUGGUGUAUAUGAGGUACAUGAAAUAUGGACGUUAUGUGGCCGAAGUGAUGCAUUCAAUUCAUUAGGGUCCCUAACCUCUGUUUGCUUAAUAGCAGCCUCCAGCUGCAUGAUCUGACUCUGGAUGUUCUCCUGAUUGGCCAGGACGUAGUUGACUUCCUUGGUCAGCUGAUCCUGAAGGAGAAGGACAAGAGAAGGUGUUCUGUUUAUGGCGUCUUUAUCGUGCGGCUGCACCGUGGGGCGUUCGAGGCACCUUCAGGGCCUGGUAGGCUUGUGUUAUUGGCAGCACUUUGUGGCCCUGGUGGACGCGGCGCGGCUUACACAGCGAGCACAGCGACCUCUGGCAGCUGCAGCAGUACCACUGCAGUCUCUCCUGCUCGUGCUCCGUGCACGUUAGCACCUUCGGGGGGGGGCACAGAAGACGAAUGAAUGAGAAGAGAUGAGAGAGAAAGAAACAGACCAACCUUUGGGCGAAAGUUGUUGGUGGGGAGAAUGUGCUCGUGCUGGGCCCGGGGGGUCCCCCAGGGGUGGUAGAGCUUGAAACAUUCGUUGCAGAAGUUGGCCUUGCAGUCAGCGCAGCCCUUGGUGGCCUCCAGACACUGCGGAGGCUUACAGAAAGCACACAUGAUGGCGACGCUGCCCAGACUCAGCGUGUGCCUGAACCUGCGUGACGGUGAAGCGGGGGGGGGGCGGCGAGGUUAAGGUCGGACGCAAACGGACUUCCGAGGAUGGAUGGAGGAUGUCGUGGUGUUUACCUUUCUACGAUACGCUCCAGGGUGAGGUUGCGGGGGCAGUCUGUCAGGCCCCUCUCGCCCAGCUCCACGUCCUCGUGACAGGAAGGACACGGGAACAGCAUGGGGGGAGGGGCUGCGUCUUUACGUCGUCGCCCUGGGUAAGUGCUGCAAGCUGGGGAGGGACGGGAUGAAGGGAAAUAACAUAGGAAAUCAGUCGUAGCCUAGCUUUUUAUUUGGGAUUAUUCUUCUUACUUGUGCGUAUGUCUCACCGAACACCACAUUACUGACACCUAGUGGCCAAUGUAGAAUACUACAUACUUUCAACGCAUCUUCCGAAUGCCUCGUAUCUGUAUUUUUGCAAAUAUAACACCAUCAACUAUUUUCCCUUCAAUGCGUAGCCUCCUCCACGCAACACGGCGAGGUGACUUUUCACUUCCUGGUUGCUGUGCAGCGUGCAUUUCAAUUGGACAGAUGCAGGCCGAGUUCUUAGAAAAAGCACUCCUGCCACCUUGUGGUCGUUUUCUUGUGUUACAACUGCAUCAAACGUGCAUACUUCGAUUGUAGCGUUGCAUUAUACCCUCGCAAAAGAAAAAAAACGUGAAAAUUUUGACGCGUGACGUGUCGCGGGAUUACUGGAUAAUAAUUUGGCACCGACUAUACCCGAGCACCUUUGCUCUGUUCAUUCAAAUUGCACUGUUCGAUGUUGUAGUUACCAAACUGGGCAAUGUAGGCGAUCUUCCCUAUGCUGCUCACAGCCGCUAGGGGGCAUGGUUUAGCAUGGUAUGACAUGUUAUAAUGUAUUUACUUGGCAUACAGACACAAACGUAUGCCCGCAUGCUAUUCCCCCCUACCGGUUCGAAGCAGUCGGUCCAAGUGGUCCGGCGUCCUGGGCGCUGGUCUCCGCGGCUGUCGCGGUGAGCGGCUGUUGGGCGUGGAGGCGGGCGAUUGCGGCUCCGGGGGCAGGUCGGGAGGAGGGUAGCCUCUUUGUACCAGGACGUCGGCCGCGCACAGCAGACACACGCUGUGCUGGCACGGCAGCAGGAUGGGCUGCUUGACCGUGUCGUCACACACGGGGCACCGCAGUUCUUGCUCCAUGCUCUUCAUGUUGGCCUGGAAGCACAACGUCACUAAAAUGACCAAUUGUUUCUGAAGACAUCUGAGGAUGUUCUUUCGUCUUAACGCAGCAUCCCGUUUCUAUGACAACGUCCAUCAUCUCUGCAUGCCGGUAAAAGCACGGAAAAGACGCUUCCAUCCAGCCUGGUUGACAUUUAAACAGCCUUGAGUGACAUUUCACCCAAUAAACCAUCUAGUUAGCUAACAACAAUACUGUGGCAUCCCAUAAUGUAACGAUAAACGUGUAUUUAUGGCACAAAAAUGGCACGUAUGAGUGUUAUACUCACGCUAAUACGAAGCAAAGCGUCCAUGAUUGAUGUGAAGGUUUUUAAUUCCGUGUCUGCCAUGCCUAAACGAAAGAAAACCGGCACCCGAGCCCUUUUCCUCCGAUUUAUAUCGAUGUAGGCCUGCACACAAGCCCACUGACGUGCUACUGUUAGCAUACACACACAUAGGAUGUAUGCUGGAGAGAAAGGGAACAUGGGAAAUAAAUGGGGGGGGGGGCUGUAAUGAUUUUUAAAAUCGUUGUUAUCAAAUUGAAAAAAUGUUUUCUUCGUGGUGUUAUUUUUUGUUAAUUUUUUUCGUUUUUUUUCACAAUUCGUAUAAAUAAAUACAAAUAUCCCUUGGCCUAGUUUUUCAAUUUGCCACUAGAUGGCAGCAUAGUAAAACGCAUAACAGCUAGUCCCCCCUUGAUUGUUGUUCGGUCGGAACUUUUAAACGUUGAGGAGUUUCGCCCGGAUGUCAAUGAAGAGCGCACCGGCUCCAUUGUUGUUGUAGCAACCAAACACUUUGUAGCAGAAGUAGCAGUUUCCGGUGGCGAUAAGUGAGUUUCAUUGUCUCUUUAUGAGUCGAUUUAGUAUAUAAUUGUGAUGUGUGUUGUUUAUAAAAGUUAAUUUAAUCGAAAAUGUCGACUUACGUUCAAUAAAUGAUUUGCAGUCGCGUGUUUUCAGUUGUUCCGGCGCUACUGAUCACCACCAGUGGGGCAAACGGUAUUUUUAGUUCUAUUUUAAUUUUUGAAUAGCUGUAAAUUAGCAUGUCGGCGAUUAGCAGCCUGGUGCCUGCACGAUUCCUGACCAUCAUUGCUCAUCUUGUUAUUGUCAUCACUAUCUUCUGGACGAGGGAGCAUAAUGUAAAGGCCUGCCUGCCUUUGGAGUUCACACAAGAGCAAUACGAGAGCGAAGAUUUCAAGUUGGUGGUAGCACUAUCGAUCACACUCGGAUUGUUUGUCAUCGAGUUAGCGGGGUUCUUCUCAGGAGUGUCCAUGUUCAAUGGCAGCCAAGGCCUCCUGUCAACAGGAGCCCAUGCUAGCGGUGCAGUGGCUCUGCUAUUCUUUCUAUUUGAGCGUUGGGAGUGCGCCAUCUACUGGUGGAUUCUUGCCUUCUGCAGCACUGGCUGUCCACUGCAGCGCGUCCGUCUCCUUGGCUCAUUUUGUCUUUGAGAAGUGGGAAUGCUGGACUUACUGGGUUAUUUUUGCCCCGUGCAGUCUGCUACCUGCCUUGGUGGAGGUUGUACUGUUUAUCGCCGUUUUCGGACUGAAGAAGAAGCCGUUGUGAGAGACUGCACUGCAUGGUACGGGACUAUAAUGGAGAAAAGGCAUUUAUGGUAUGGAUGAUGGUGUUUAAGUGGACUCUAGAGGGGCAAGUGUGUCAUUGUGAAUAAUGUUAAAUGCUAAAUAAAUGUUUCUUACAUU